UCACAAUGCGUUUGUGAGAAUAAUUGUUGCGCAGUUAUAAACAAGAAUGUGUUAUUAUUCACUGUUUUGUAGUAAUUUUGUCAGAAAAACAUUGUCCCCUGCCGUGCUCCAUACUUGCCCCUACCUCUGCGCCUCAGAGGCUAAAGAUGGCUGAAGCUCAUCCGUGGCCUAGCCGCUUCUUCUGUCACAGAUGCUCCGCAGAAAUUAGCCCUCGCCUUCCCGAGUACACAUGUCCAAGAUGUGAGUCAGGGUUUAUUGAGGAGCUGCUGGAAGAAAGAAGUGCUGACAAUGGCUCCAUGCCUACUAUCUCCAGCGGGCCACAAAACCAGCAACCAUUUGAGAAUCCAGACCAGCACUUGUUUACAUUCCCUUCGGGCUAUGGCCAGUUCUCGCUGAGUGUCUUUGACGAUGCAUUCGAUUUUGGGACCGGACUCCGAGAGGAAGACAACCGGGAUGCGGAAAACCGCAGAGAAAGGGAGAACGCAUCGCGACAACGAUAUAGCGCCAGGCAACCGAGAAGUCGUCAAGGUUCGAGGCGGCAGACAGGCAGGCAUGAAGGAGUUCCGACUUUGGAAGGAAUAAUUCAGCAGCUUGUUAAUGGAAUCAUUGCCCCCACUGCAAUGCCGAAUAUUGGCAUUGGACCCUGGGGCGUUCUUCAUUCAAAUCCAAUGGAUUAUGCGUGGGGGGCUAAUGGGUUAGAUGCUAUUAUAACACAGUUAUUAAACCAAUUUGAGAACACGGGUCCUCCGCCUGCUGAUAGAGAUAAAAUAAAAAAUCUGCCUUCUGUCCACAUUACAGAGGACCAAGUGGCUUCAGGACUGGAAUGUCCAGUGUGUAAAGAAGAUUACAGUGUGGAAGAAAAUGUGAGGCAGCUACCGUGCAAUCACAUGUUCCACAACGAUUGCAUUGUACCCUGGUUGGAGCAGCAUGACACGUGUCCAGUGUGCAGGAAAAGCUUGAGUGGACAAAACACGGCCACCAACCCUCCAGAACUAUCAGGGAUGAACUUUACCUCCUCUUCUUCCUCGUCAUCCUCCUCGUCCUCCUCCACCCCUCAAUCCUCUAGCUCCACCAUUAACGAUAACGCUACAGACAACUCGUAGGGAAGAUUUCUUCUCAUCCGUCCUUACCACUUUUUGAGCCGUGUCGAGCUCGCAGGCAUCAGAAAGGAUGGUGCACCUGUUUCUCUCUGACGUAGGGUAGACAGCCCAGGUGCAUCUAAAAAAAAAAAUUAAAAAGAGCCUGGUAAGUGAGAUGUGAGGUCCAAUGCAAUUCUGCUGGGCCAGUGGCUCCUGUUUUUUGGGGUUUUUUUUCCAUCAGGGAUCCAAACAGAAAACAGGGGGAGGCCAUAGGAGGAGGGAAGCGUCUGUCCGAGACAAUGUGGGGAUGACUCUUCAUGCAGGACAAAGAUUUUGAAAGUGAACUGUUUUUGCCUGUGUGAAACGCAAAAAAGAAAUGUACAUUUAUCCUGUUUUUAUGAGUCCCAUUGAUAUAUAAUUAAUGACCUACCAUGCACUCAAGUGCACUGUUUACGUGUGCACUUCAUUUUUCUUCAUGGUUUUUGUUUUUGCAACUACUUCAUCGCGAGGGCUCCCACCCCGUUUUACCAUUAGACCCAAAUGGAUUUUGAAGUGAAAGCGAUUUUAAAAAAAAUAUAUUUUAACUGCAAGACUAAAAAAAGUUCCAAUCCUCCUGGCAAUUUGAAGCAUUAAAGUUAAUUUGUGCAUUUUAACUUAAGCGGAAAAUGUAGAUAUUUUCUCAGGUUGCUAAUUGAUUUGCAGUAUGAUCGUGUAUGAAGAAUAUGAGAAAAUAAAGAUGUUUUGGUGAAAACACUCAAAAAUAA